AUGCUGGAUCACAUCUCGAUCUCCCACCAGAGCGGUCUCAUUCUGUGGUCGCGCUCGUUUACCCCGGCUUUCACCGAUCUUGCGGCCAGUGUCAACUCGCCGGUCAACAGCCUUAUCAGGGAGGCCCUGAUCGAGGGCAAGGCUCGCGGAGAGGAUGAGGUCUUUGAGCGUGAUGGUUACAGCGUCCGGUGGACCAUGGAGAACGGACUCGGCCUCGUCUUUGUUGUUGUCUUCCCCGCCCUCCUGCCGCUCACGUACAUCCCCGCCAUGCUGCAGCGCGUGAAGCAGCUCUUCCUUUCCUUGUUCGAGCCAUACCUUCAGUCGCUCGUUGACGUGCUUUCGAACCGCGGUGGCGUUGUCGACCAAAGCCGAUCUGCGCUGCGCACGCUCGGAGAGAAGAUCGUCGAGGAGCGCUGGGACAAGAUCUUCGACAGGUGUCUGAAGACUUUUGAGGGUAGCGGAGGUCGAUCUCGCAGCCUGCCGCAGCGUCAGAUCCAUCUGACUGCUGGACCGACCGAUUCCAGUAAGCUAACUCCGGCCACUGCUUUCCAGCUGACGCCAGGCCCCGAUGUGUCGGACGACAACAGGGCGGCUCCCUCUGCUGAGGAGAUAGCGAAGAACGUGCAGGCGCUGAAGGGACGUAUGAAGGGACGCAAGGGCGGGCGUGGGCGCAACACGGCGUCUCCCUCGCCCGUGCCGUCUCCGUCACGCAAGGCAUCGGGCACCACCGCCAAGCUCAUGCGCAAGUGGGGCGACUCGCAGGUGUCGUCGCAGGACAUGGCCGCCCUAGAUUACUCUGCGCCGGCACCCGAGACGGCGACCGUCGACGUUGACGCUCUCGUCUCGACGGACGCCAUGGGCACCCGCACCGCCACCGGCAACUACGAGGUCGCCGACUGGGAUUACGGACGUAAUGACGACCUGCCGACUGAGGAGGAAAUCCUCGCCCGCCGCACGCAGAAGCUGAAGAUUGACGAUGACGACGAGGAGCCGGAGGACAGUGGAACGUGGACGAACAUGUUCUCGCGCCUCUCCGGCAAGAAGGUUUUGACGAAGGAGGACCUGCGCCCGGUGCUGGCCGACAUGGAGAAGCACCUCAUGUCGAAGAACGUCGCGAAGGACAUUGCCGAGAAGCUGUGCGACGCCGUUGGCUCUGCGAUUGUCGGCAAGAAGCUCGGUGGCCUGACGAGUGUCAAGUCGGAGGUGCAGCGUGCGCUGUCGGACUCGAUGACGCGUAUUCUGACGCCGAAGACGUCGACGGACAUCCUCGUCGACAUUCAGCGCAAGCGCUCACAGCCGUCGUCCAUCGCCGACCCGAACUCGCCCCCGGACCCGUACGCUAUCACGUUCGUCGGCGUCAACGGUGUCGGCAAGUCGACCAACCUGUCAAAGGUCUGCUUCUGGCUUCUUCAGAACAACAUGCGCGUUCUCAUUGCUGCGUGUGACACGUUCCGUUCCGGUGCUGUCGAGCAGCUCCGCGUGCAUGUGCGCAACCUAGGUGCGCUUGGUGACGAGCUCGGCAUGGGCACGGACGCCGCUGGCCAGCGUCGCAUCGAGCUUUACGAGCGUGGUUACGGCAAGGACGCAGCCGGCAUCGCUAAGGACGCCAUUGCUUAUGCAAAGGAGAACCGGUUCGACGUUGUGCUUAUCGACACUGCGGGACGAAUGCAGGACAACGAGCCGCUCAUGCGCGCGCUCGCGAAGCUCGUGACGGUCAACAACCCGGACAAGAUCGUAUUCGUCGGCGAGGCGCUGGUCGGCAACGAGGCCGUCGACCAGUUGACCAAGUUCGACCGUGCGCUCAAGGACUUCUCGUCCGCAAGCGGCUCGACGAAGCGUCGCGGUAUCGAUGGCAUUCUCCUCACCAAGUUCGACACAAUCGACGACAAGGUUGGCGCGGCGCUCAGCAUGACGACACAGGGGACCGCUGGACCGCUCGCUGAGCUAUGGCGUCCGCUCAUGGCCAUCCACCGUAGCUCACGACCGGACACCUCCUCCAUCCAUCACAACUUUUCUGUUCCCCAUCCAUCUUCCCCGCCUUCGCUGCUUCCUUUUGCUACCCUCCAGCGACAGCCUCAUUCAAGACGUGCGUAUCGAGUGUCCGCAACUGUUUCAUCGCCGAUCUCAUCACAACAUACACAUCCCCCCAAGUCCUCACGUCCCAAGCCCCAAGACUCUCAAGUCUCAACGACGCCUCCCAUUCCUUACUCCCUUGAGCAAUCCCUUUUUGCCCCUGCCAGAUCCCUGUGUCCUCCUGUCUCCAAGAGCUCCUAG